CAGUCUUGUUUGACCCUUCUGCUACCCACCAGGCUUUCAUAUAUGUCACGUGUCAGAAAUGCAAUUGCUUACAUAAUGGUCAGUCUCAGCUACUGGCUUGUGGCUAGAGUUUUUGGUUUACCAUCUGAUAGGCACUACAGAAUCACUCCGGAUGGCAUUUAUGGGCCACACCCGAACAAUUUGCACCCCAGGAAACUCGAAUCUUAAAGCAGGGCUUAUAGAUGAGUGAAGAGAUGUGUGGUUAUUCCCCACAGUUUUGCUUGACUUGUACCAAAGGAGGGGAUUUUUCUGGCUAUUAGACAGUGGUUUGCAGGCUAGGGUGAUGAUGAUAAUCUGAUGUAAUUACUGUAUGCUGGCUUUAAAUUGUCAGUGCUUAUGAGUCCUGCGGACAUUUAAGAAACACUGUUAAGCAGAGAAAACCACUUUGAGCUUGCUGCCUGCUCACCCUAAUAUUUACUAUUGCAUAAAUUGGGACUCCCAAACUACUUGGUUUCCAGUGGAGCACCUCAUUUUUCCUCUUGAGCUUUUUCCCUAGUCCAGACUUGACCCUUAAUAUUUUCUUGCUUGUAGGAAUGUCUGUCCUUUGGCUGGCUUUUGUCUCCUUAGAGUUGCAAAGUUUGGUCCUUAAUCAAAUGUGCUGUGCUACGUAGGGGAUGCCUGUCCUCUGCCAUGUGUGUGAGUUACGCUGAGCAGCACACAGACCCAGGGUUCCCCGCCCACGAGACCCAGGUCCACGUUCCUGUAUAAAAUAAUGCUUAGGUGAACCCCAAUUCAGUCAGCAGGGCAGAUCAUUUUUCCAGUUCUUCAGAAACGGGAAGUCUGCUCUUCCUGGUGGCUUGAAAGUCCGCAAUGUGUCCCAUCAUUCAAACUAUUUACUGGGCACCCUGUGUGUGCCCAGCCCUGUGCUCACAGCAGGAUAGAGUAGUGAAUGAGGCAGGCGAGGUCUUUGAUUUUUAAGGAACUUACACGCUAUCAGGGCUGGUCAGACAGUGAACAAGUAAACACAAUGACUUCAGCUCGCUUUGUAGGUGCCAUCAGGAAAUGGAGCCUCCUUCCUGGAAGAGGGAAUGAGCUUGCUGCCUGCACGGGGUGUUGGCUAAAUUUGUGGCUUUAAGAAAGCCUGAGGGCCUGAAGGCAGCCCUGGGAGAAGCCCUUUCUGUGGGUAGUCGGAAGCAUCUGGUCUGCAGGAGGAGUCGUCCGCUCACCUGGACCUAUGACCCGCGGCUUCGCUCCCAGUCUCCCCACUGAGUUCCACAAGAUGGGCUCGUUCCGCAGGCCCAGGCCGCGCUUCAUGAGCUCCCCGGUGCUCAGCGAUCUGCCCCGAUUCCAAGCAACCCGGCAGGCUCUGCAGCUGAGCUCUAGCUCGGCCUGGAACAGCGUCCAGACUGCCGUGAUCAACGUCUUCAAAGGGGGCGGCUUACAAAGCAAUGAGCUCUAUGUACUGAAUGAAAACAUCAGGAGGCUGCUGAAGAGUGAACUUGGAUCAUUCAUUACAGACUAUUUCCAGAACCAGCUUCUUGCAAAAGGACUAUUGUUUGUGGAAGAGAAGAUUAAGCUGUGUGAAGGUGAAAAUCGCAUUGAAGUUCUGGCUGAAGUCUGGGACCACUUCUUCACUGAGACUCUCCCCACCCUGCAGGCAAUAUUUUAUCCAGUCCAGGGCCAGGAGCUGACCAUCCGCCAGAUCUCCCUGCUGGGUUUCCGUGACCUGGUCCUGCUGAAGGUGAAGCUGGGUGACUUGCUGCUGCUGGCCCAGUCCCAGCCACCAUCCUCCAUUGUCCAGAUGUUGCUUAUCCUGCAGAGUGUUCACGAGCCCACAGGCCCAACUGAGGGUUAUUUGCAGCUGGAGGAACUGGUGAAGCAAGUGGUUUCUCCUUUCCUUGGCAUCAGCGAGGACCGAGGCAUCUCAGGUCCCACGUACGCACUGGCCAGGCGCCACUCCAGGGUUCGGCCCAAGGUCACUCUCCUGAACUAUCCAUCCCCGAUGACCACCAUCAGCCGGCCACUGAAUGAGAUGGCUUUGACUCCUCUGACGGAGCAAGAGGGGGAGGCCUACCUAGAGAAGUGUGGCAGCGUCCGGCGGCACACGGUGGCCAAUGCCCACUCAGACAUCCAGCUGCUGGCCAUGGCCACCAUGAUGCACUCAGGCUUGGGCGAGGAGCCUGCAGGUGAGGACAAGUGCCUGCUCCUGCCGCCCAGCUUCUCCCCCCCCCACCGGCAGUGCUCCAGUGAGCCCAACAUCACCGACAGCCCUGAUGAGCUGGAGGAGGUGGCUGGGGGCAACCAGGAGGACUCGGAGCUGAACUGUGCUUCCCUCCGCUGAAUGCCCCCCUCUGGGACAUCCCAGCUCCUGCCUACCGACCAGGAUGAGGAUGGCUCCAUCCCCACAGGUCACCAAGGGGCUCUUCCUUUGGGCAAUGCUGCCUUAUGGCUUUUUGAGUGUAGGCCUAGUCUAAGUGCCCUAGGGGAAAUCCCUGUUGUAAACCUAUUUUCUUGAUUGUGACUGACCACCUCUUUGCAGCCACACAGACCCAACUGCCUGAUAUUCACGUUCUGACUCCCAGCCUUGCCUGCCUUAGAUCCUCAUCUCUGGGCUUUUCCCCUUAGAUACUGGACUGUUUGAUGCUUCCAGCAAUGUAUCUAAGUUCCCCUGGCAUUAUUAUAGCAGGAGGUUGUCUGACCCACACACGGAGCCAGCAAGGACACGCUGGCUUUUGGAAUUCCCCUUUAGGCUCCUGUGGUACAGCAGCCUGUGGGUGAGCAGUGGUAGUAGAGAGGAACCUCUCCUCCCCUAUUCUGUACCGAGUGAAAGUAGACUCUGCCCCUACGGAACAUGACUUUGGGAAUGUGCCUUCCUUAUUUUCAUUUCAGAAUUACUGGGAAGGAGUUGCCCCAUCAGUGGGUGAAUGCCCAUCCUCACCUAUAUCCAGAUCCUAUAUACUGCCUUUGGUUUUUGCCCCAGGAGAGCCACAAGGCUUGAGAAACCCCGUCUUUGAUUAAGCCUCACCAUUUCCCUCUCAGGCCUUCUCCCAGGCUCAGGGAACUAACUUCCCCAGUGGAGUAGCUGGUGCCUUCAUCCACUCUUAUUUCAGAAACUGACUGUUUUCCAUUGUGGGUGAGGGGCCAGCUGAUACCAACCAACUAGUCUGUUCCUGGAUUUAACUUGAAUUUUUUAUAUGUGCAUCAUUUAAAAAAAUUGCAAAUCCUUGUACGUAGGAUCUUGUACUGCUCAUUUCCAAUGGGGUGUAUCUUCAAACUACAAAAUAAGCGAACCCUCUCAGAAAAAAGCCUGGAAGUGGUUCAGGGUACAAGUGACCCAUCGUAGGUAGGACUCUUAGGCUGCAGAACUCUGGAAGCAGCUGGGCUUGAAUCCAGAAUGGCCCAUGUGAGUGUCCUGGUUUACAGAAAAGCUGCAUUGAGGUAGGGAGACUCAGUUUGCCUCAUGAGCAGAGGGUUGUAGCCAAUGGGAAUGUCUUGCCUUUUAGUGGGGUUAGAUGGGGGAGAUGUGGGCAGGACCUUCUGGAGAGAUGUUCAUCUCCUGUAUAUAAACAAGUUCCCAGAAGUGGCUGGAAUUUCUGACAUGUGAAAUCACAAAAUGCUCUUUGGGGCAGCAAGCUUUGGUACUGUGCUGUCUCCCCUUAGCACUGCCCCACCCAGAUCUGGGCUCUUGAUCCACCUUGGGCCUCUGUUCUUCUCUUUGUAUUUGUCUGUUGGCCCUACUGAUAAAAGCCCCAGAAAAAGGAGAAGGCUCCCCUGGGCCCUUCUGAUACCUUCUAGGUAUCCUAUUAAUAUUUGGAAACUUUAUGAUAUCUCAGAGAUGUGAGCCGGCUUGGCUUCCAGUAUAGCAGGAGGUUCCUGGGAGAGGAUAAGAACAGUUUAAUCUGACAGCAGGGAAAAGACAUUAUAAGCAUAUCUAACUAAGCCUUGAUAGCAUUUCCCUUCUGGGUGAAAAUCUGAAAUGCAACCAGUUUUGUUUUUGGUGGCUUGUAAUUUGGAAAUUUUGUUUAAAAAAUUGUUUCAUUUUCAUCUUUCUAAGAGAGUGAUGGAAGAGAAAUGUCUGAAGGAGAUAUGAGGAUUUCAAACAAAAAAUAAUCUCUGUGUAUGUGUUGAAUAAAGUCCACAAAUUAACUAAAUGCAUUAGCAAACAGUAUCAAUAAGUAAUAACAUGAUGAUUUAUUUAACCAAUGGCUUCUGCCCUUACUGGUACACUUAGCACAUGGGAUUAGAAUUUGUUGAUCCAGAUAAAGUAAUCAUUUACUUUUUUAGUUUACAAACGUUAAUGAUCUAUUUGGUUUUAAAUGCCUUUUCCAUACACUAAAUGCCUCUGAUGAGGACAGCAGUCAUCAGUUAAAUAUGCAAGAUCUUAGACUGAGAAUGGGCGUGUCAGGACAGACCCAGUGUUCUUAAUUGCUGAUGAUUGCUAGCCACUUUACACCUUCACUUUUGACGUACAUGCCUGAUACUUAUACAGUAAAUAUUUCCAACUAUACAUAUAGCAAUUUUGAUGAUGUUUUGGGGCAUUUUAGCCAUCAGAGGUAUUGCAAAAGUUAUAUUCUUAGCCACUUUUUCUCCCCUUUAUGAGAUGAAGAUUCAUUUCGUUAUUUAAACUAGGAUCUUCCUGUGGCUGAGGUUUAAUGACAGGAAACAAUCUCGACUCUAAACUCUGAGAGAGCUCACAAAGCAAAAACCUUUCAUAUUGUCUGUUUCCAAAAUGAUUCAAUAAACAUCAGUGUGUCUAUGUUA